AUGUCCAACACGGAAGUUGCAGCCGAGCGGUCUCGGUGGAAUGUGCUUUUGCAAACAGCCAAGAGGUUGUCGGUUUUGGAUCUACUGCUGCCGUUUACAAUUCUUCUAUGUAUCAUUAUCGGAGUUGUGAUAUCUGUUUACGUGCCGUCUUCUCGUAAUGCUUUUGAUCCUGAGCAGCAUGGGAGCUUUGUUGGUGUCUCUAUUCCCUUGGCAAUCGGAAUGAUUGUCAUGAUGGUUCCACCCAUUUGCAAGGUUCCAUGGGAAUCUAUACAUGUGUUCCUCAAGAGGCGGUACGUCUUUAAACAGCUUAUGAUCUCCCUGGCUCUGAACUGGUUAGUUGGGCCAUUUCUGAUGACAGCUUUGUCAUGGAUGGUGCUGUUCAAGUAUGAAGAAUAUCGACAAGGAAUCAUAAUGAUCGGGGUAGCAAGGUGUAUUGCAAUGGUCUUGAUAUGGAACCAAAUCGCAGGAGGUGACAACGAUUUAUGCGUCAUCAUUGUUGUGAUGAAUUCUAUUCUCCAAAUGAUCCUUUAUGCGCCGAUGGCAACCCUCCUUUGUUACGUAAUUUCAGGACAAAGGGCUCCGGUUCCAAACAGCGAGAUAUAUCAAGAGGUGGCUAAAUCUGUGGGAGCGUUUCUUGGUAUCCCAAUUGGAGUGGGGAUUGGGAUGCGUUUGGGUUUGAUUUUUAUGCUGGGUAAACAACAAUAUGAGAAGAAGGCACUAAAAUUCAUUUCUCCUUGGGCGAUGAUCGGUUUUCACUACACAUUACUGGUCAUCUUCAUAAGCAGGGGUUACCAGUUCAUUCACCAAAUAGGGCAGGCUAUCCUUUGUUUUAUUCCCUUGAUACUGUACUUUUUGAUUGCCUGGUUUCUCACUUUUGGACUAAUGAGAUUGCUAUCGGCAGAUAAGAAACCAGUAGAAGGUGAGAAAUGCGAUUGCGAUGAAUCACUUCUUUCGAAGGAUUUCUGGGGUAAAAAUACUUGUUCAGCUGACUAUGCUACUACAAUGACGCAAUGUUUCACUAUGGCUUCUAACAACUUCGAACUGUCGUUGGCCGUGGCAAUUUCACUAUACGGUAAUGAUAGCAAGCAAGCUAUUGCUGCAACUUUUGGUCCCUUACUUGAAGUCCCAGUGUUACUGUUAUUGGCACUUCAGGCUAAUUAUUUCAAGAGACUCUUCAUCUGGAGAUCCGAAGAGGACGACAGGCUUGCGUUCUAG